AUGGCCGACUCCAAAAGAAGCAAGUACGACGAAGACGACGAAGACGAUGUGUCUUUGAAGCGCCAGGACCGCGAUUCUGCGUCGCCAACCCCAGGUCACAAGCCCGGCAGAAAGCCGAUACAGACGGAGCCAAAGAACAAGAGAACAGCACAGAACAGGGCCGCUCAGCGGGCUUUCAGAGAGCGUAAAGAGCGCAAGAUGAAAGAGCUGGAGAUGAAGGUUGAACUCUUGGAGAACGAAAAGCUUCAAAUGAGCAACGAGUCUGAGUUUUUGAGAAUUCAGGUGGAGUCGCUAAUGAAUGAGCUCGGUCGUAUCAGAGGAAAGAGGUCUAUUUCCGACGUUCUACCGAAGGCGCCAAUUGUGGAUACCGUAGCGAAGUCGAGUUCCUCAGAUAUAAGUUCAGCCGCUUCGAACGUUUCGGACUCCCCAGGUUCUGAUCUCUCAUCUGCCUCGUCCGCAACUCCUUUGAGCUCUUCCAACAAGUCCACAUUCAAGUUUGAUUUCCCAUGGAGAGAAAAGCCCCAGCAAGUGACUGGAUCGCUUGCGCUGACUUCCCGUUCUUCCAAGUCGUCUGUACCAGAACUGGCACCCUCGACUAAGACGUUCUCCACCGCCAGCGAGUCUUCCCCUGCUACGAACGGCUCCAUGGAGUUUUCUGCAACGGAUGAUACUUUCAAAUCGGGACUAGACACUGUGGAGCACUUUGAUGAAAAUGUGGACAGUUUCUGCGCGCAGUUGAACACUGCCUGUGGAACCAAAGAUUGUCCUGUUCCAAAGACCCUCGACUACAGAAGCACGCAGCCUUCAGAGUUCUCCAAAGCCAAUACCUUAACUGCUUCCAAUAACUUUUUGAAUGCUCCGUCGCCUAUGGCUCUUCUAUCGGACAAGCAAACAGUCGGGGGAAACGACCUUGAAGACCCAAUGGCUUUCCUCAACAACUCCCCCUUUGACCCAAUGGUGGUAUUCGACAACAAUAACCACAACUAUGGCUCCAACGAGUUUACGGACCUUUUUGAGGACGAUUUAUUUCAGAAUGAUGAUGUUGUGAGUGGAUUGGUGACGGAGGAAUCGAAGUACGACGCUUUUGGCUCUCUAUAUCAGGAAAGUGCUGCAGUUACCACCGCCAAUUUGCAGAACUUGAACCAAACGAAGGUGCAAGUUCCAGAGAAUAUGGAUGAUGACUUGUCCGAUAACGACGUUGUUCCAGCAGAGCCCAAUCUUGUUAAAUGUUCUGAGAUAUGGGAAAGAAUCACUACCCAUCCUAGGUUUUCAGAGCUGGAUAUUGAUGGCCUUUGCAGCGAGUUGAAGCAGAAGGCUAAAUGUUCAGAAAAAGGAGUUGUAAUUACCAACAGGGAUGUUGCUCAGAUUCUGGAUAAUGCUCACUCUCAGAGAGGUGGAGAGUCUAUUUCUGAGCCUAACAGUUUUUUGAGAGUUUGA